CAUGGAGAGGUGCAUUAAGGAAUGUCUUAGGUUGUACCCCAGCGUACCGCUAAUUGCCAGGGUGGCUGGUGAAGACAUCAAGACACGUAGCGGCUAUACCAUACCGAAGGGCUGCGACAUUAACAUAUACAUUUACGAUUUGCACCGGUCGCCACAGUAUUGGGAAAAUCCGGACAAAUUCGAUCCGGAUAGGUUUCUGCCUGAAAAUGUAUCAAAGCGACACCCAUUCGCUUACUUGCCCUUUAGCGCCGGAUUCAGAAACUGCAUAGGGCAACGAUACGCCCUAUUGGAAAUAAAGGCUUUAUUAUGUGGAAUAUUAAGGAAAUUUAAGCUGAAACCGAUAGACACCCCACAAGGGAUGAAAUACAAAUCAGACUUGGUGCUACGACCCCUUGAUGGGAUUAGAGUGGAAUUUGAACUGAGAAAAUGAACAAUGUAGUAUGUAGUAGUUACUUUUCACUUACUGAUGUAUCUUUAGUAAUAAUACUAUUUGUAGUAAACAUUUAAACGAA